AUGGCCAUCCGGGAUAUCGUCGCCAACCCCUCGCUGUUGCCCGUGCUCGGGCUCAGCGCCGAGACUCGCGAUCAAUGCAUGAAACUGUUGGCCGUACUCGACCCCACGGCUGAUCUGUCCGAUGACCCCCAAGAGCGUGCUCUGGCAGCCUCUCGCGAGCAGAAACAAUUGUUUGCUCUUCUGGCUCGUCUGCGGGGGCAGAACCGGGAUGCGAUCGUGCGGGUGCGCGAGACCAAGCAGUCCACUGCAGAGGCCCGCCAGGAGAUUGACCGUCUCCAUCUUCAGCUUCAGAACCUGUAUUAUGAACAGCGACAUUUGACAGGCGAGAUUGCCGCCUGCGAGUCCUACGAUCACAAAUAUCGCUCCCUCCCCUUGAUUCCUCUCGAAGAGUUUCUGGCUCUGCAUCCCGAGCACCAGCAGUCCGAUGAACACGAAUUGAUGAUCGCUCGCAUCAACCAUGAACACGCAGAACGAGAGAAGCUGGAACAGGCACGACAGGAGCUGUUGAAGCGCAAGCAAGCAUUGAUUGCGGAGAACAACAAGCGCAAGGAGGACUUGGCCAGCUUGGAUCAGGAUCUGGAGCGGUUUAUUGACGCGGCCAAACCGAUCCAGAAGUUAUUCGAGAAGGAGUAUUAG